GGCGGGGUGCUAGGAGAGAAGGCCGGAAGUGCGGCCAAGGCGGAGGCGGGAAAUUUCCCUGCAGGGGGAGCUCGGAGAUCGCGCCGACCUGCCUCCCUAUACAGGCGCAGCGUGCCCUUGGACAAGUGGCUUUCCUUGUCUGAGUCCCAAUUUCCUCCUCGGUGAAACUAGUAGAGGGAGUUCGCGGGGCUGGAUUGAGUGAGAUCUGACAGGCUACGCGCCCCGCCCGCAACAGGCGCCCAGCAAAUGGGCAGGCGCUCCGCCCCUCAGUCUCCCUGUCUGUGAAAUGGGAACCGGGUCGAGGAGGGCGGGGAACCCAGGAGUCUCCGGACCUCGGCGAGGAGCGCCAGGCGAGGGGCGCCCCUCCCUCCAUCCACCCCUCCCGCCUCCUCUUCCUCACCGGCACCGCCCCCUCCCGGCUUCGGAGGCCUCCAGUCGGCCAGCGCGCAUGCCCGGGGCGGGGCGCGAGGCGGGAGCGCGGAGCGCGGAGCGGGCGCGGGGGACGGCGGCGCGGAGUCCGCGGGUCCGCCCGCCAGCCCCGCCGGAGGCAGCCGAGGCCGCUCGGGCGGCGGCGGCAGCGGCGGGAGCCGGAGCGCAGCGCGCUAAGGAAACGGAGCGGCAGCACUGUCGGCUCAAGUGUGCACACCCCUGCAAGUCUACUCUUGCCCUCCUGUGGAUGAAUGGAUGGAUGGUCUGGGGGCCACUUCUGGAAAAAGCCAUGUUCUCGUGCACCCUUGGUGCACCAUCCAGCCAUCUUCAAGACUGUUCCUGGAGAACCAGAUAGAAGCCUGGGGCACAAGUACGGUUAGGAGGGCAGUUGGGCAGUGCUGAAGACCCAACCUGGCUCCAGCUUCUUUGGAAGAACUCCAG